GAUGGAGCUUUCUCUUUGACAGGUGACGUGGUUUUUGGUGUGUUGGAACUAUGAAAUAAACAGAAAUUGUUAAUCAAAACGUUUAAUUACUUAGUUGAAAUUACCCCGAUUUUGUAGUCAAUAAAAAUGACUACAUACGAGGAAUAUAUUCAAUCUAAUGAAGAUCGAGAUGGAAUUCGAUUUACAUGGAACGUUUGGCCAUCCAGCAGAAUUGAAGCGACGCGUUUGGUUGUUCCACUUGGUUGUCUUUAUCAACCCAUAAAAGAAAGGGCUGAUUUACCACCUAUACAAUAUGAUCCUGUACUUUGUUCACGAACCACAUGUCGAGCUAUUCUUAAUCCUCUUUGUCAAAUUGAUUACAGAGCUAAAUUAUGGGUUUGCAAUUUUUGUUUCCAAAGGAAUGCGUUUCCCGCACAAUAUGGAGCGAUCUCAGAACAACAUCAACCAGCAGAAUUGAUGCCAAUGUUUUCAACAAUAGAAUAUAUAAUAACAAGAGCAAACUGUCUCCCCCCAAUUUUUCUCUUGGUAGUUGAUACUUGCAUGGAUGAAGAAGAACUAGGAGCUUUAAAAGAUUCCUUACAAAUGUCACUAAGUUUAAUGCCGCAAAAUGCACUUGUUGGCUUAAUAACUUUUGGUAAAAUGGUUCAAGUACAUGAAUUAGGUACAGAAGGAUGUAGUAAAUCAUAUGUUUUUCGUGGCACCAAAGAUCUUUCUGCCAAACAAAUUCAGGAAAUGUUAGGCAUUGGAAAAGGAACCUCCAUGCCACAACAACAACCCAUGCAACCUGGAAGGCCACAACAAUCACUCCCACCAGCUAAUAGAUUUCUACAACCGGUGUCAAAUUGUGAAAUGAACCUAACUGAUUUAAUUGGCGAAUUACAAAGAGAUCCAUGGCAAGUUUCUCAAGGAAAGCGACCGCUUAGGUCAACUGGAGCUGCUUUAUCAAUUGCUGUUGGUCUUCUUGAAUGUUCUUAUGCUAAUACUGGAGCUCGUAUCAUGAUGUUCCUUGGAGGUCCAUGUUCUCAAGGUCCAGGUCAAGUUUUAAAUGAUGAUUUGAAACAACCCAUCAGAUCACAUCAUGACAUCCAUAAAGAUAAUGCCAAGUAUAUGAAAAAGGCAAUUAAACAUUAUGAAAUGUUAGCAAUGAGAGCUGCUACUAACAGCCAUUGUGUCGACAUUUAUUCUUGUGCAUUAGAUCAAACUGGUUUGAUGGAAAUGAAACAAUGCUGCAACUCGACGGGCGGUCAUAUGGUUAUGGGAGAUUCCUUUAAUUCUUCUUUAUUUAAACAGACUUUCCAAAGGGUUUUCGCUCGUGAUCACAAAAAUGAAUUAAAGAUGGCUUUCAAUGGGACACUUGAAGUGAAAUGUUCCAGAGAAUUAAAGAUACAAGGUGGAAUUGGACCAUGUGUUUCAUUAAAUGCCAAGAGCCCUUUGGUCUCUGAUACAGAAAUUGGAAUGGGAAACACUGUGCAAUGGAAAAUGUGCGCAUUUAUGCCUAGUACAACAUUUGCUUUAUUUUUUGAGGUUGUUAAUCAACAUUCAGCUCCUAUUCCGCAAGGCGGAAGAGGAUGUAUCCAGUUUAUCACACAAUAUCAGCAUUCAGCUGGCCAGAAACGUAUUCGUGUAACAACAAUUGCCAGAAAUUGGGCAGAUGCAACAGCAAAUAUUCAUCAUAUAAGUUCAGGUUUUGAUCAAGAAGCCGCAGCUGUCCUUAUGGCAAGAAUGGUAGUUUAUAGAGCUGAAACUGAUGAUGGACCGGAUGUUUUAAGAUGGGUAGAUCGUAUGUUAAUACGCUUGUGUCAAAAGUUUGGUGAAUAUAAUAAAGAUGAUCCAAACAGUUUCCGUUUGGGUGAAAACUUCAGUCUUUAUCCUCAAUUCAUGUAUCAUCUUCGUCGUUCGCAAUUUCUCCAGGUUUUUAACAAUUCCCCGGAUGAAACGUCAUUUUAUCGACACAUGUUAAUGCGAGAAGAUUUAACACAAUCUUUGAUUAUGAUACAACCGAUUUUAUAUAGUUAUAGUUUCAAUGGUCCUCCUGAACCAGUUUUGUUGGACACAAGUUCUAUACAACCUGAUAGGAUUUUGUUGAUGGAUACAUUUUUCCAAAUUUUAAUUUUCCAUGGAGAGACAAUAGCUCAAUGGCGUAGUCAUAAAUAUCAAGAUAUGCCAGAAUACGAAAACUUCAGGCAGCUGUUACAAGCGCCUGUAGAUGACGCCCAAGAAAUUUUGUUGACUAGAUUCCCAAUGCCUAGAUACAUUGAUACGGAACAAGGGGGUUCUCAAGCGAGGUUUUUGUUAUCUAAAGUCAAUCCAAGCCAAACUCAUAAUAAUAUGUAUUCGUUUGGAGGUGGUAUGCCAGGCACAAUGACGUCAAUGGAUGGAGGAGCACCAGUUUUAACAGAUGACGUUUCCCUUCAAGUAUUUAUGGAUCAUCUAAAAAAAUUAGCUGUCUCUUCAACUGCUUAA